UAGCGGAUCAACAUCUAUCCACAACGUUUGUGCUGAGCAUGUUUGCCGAGGUCUACCUCUGAUUGAGAUGUUUACCUAGAUCUUCCUAUGUUCCCAAUCGAUGGUUAAAUGUAUGUUCUAAACCAACAUCUGUGCUCAACCUCUAUAGUGAAUGCCUGUGCCUCACGAAUGGGUUUUCUGGAUGGUGUGUCCCUUGCACGCAUCUUGAAUAAGUUUGCGGUGGCAUGAAAAUGGACAACGAAAUUGCUUGCCGUGGGAAAUUAACUCAUUGCAAGGAUCGAAGGAUCAUGGAUAUCUACAACAAGGGCAAAUUGUUGCUCUUUCUGAAGACUAUAAACCAAACGGGAGUGAUGAAUGCCAGCGUAUUGAGCAAGCUGGAGGCAAUGUUAUGUGGGCUGGAAGAAAUUAUUAAAGAUGAUGUGGACUGUUUGGUGAUUACCACUGAUGGGCUAUGGGAUGUCGUAUCAAAUGAUGAGGCUGUUUCACUCGUGAAAUCAAUUGAAAACCCAGAAGCUGCUGCAAGGAAAUUGACUGAAACCGCCUUCAACAAGGGAAGUGCUGACAAUAUUACCUAUGUUGUGCGGUUUAAUCAUGGCAAAGAUGAUUCGCCUUGAUAUUAUUUCAAAUGCUUUUGUCCUAUUUUAUUGUGAGUUUAUGAUGAUUCGAAGUGGCCGCAGAACAAGAUGCUCUGUGAUUAAGAGUUGUGCAUGUUUUAAAGGACAUUUGCUCCAUAUGUUUAUUGUAUUUGACUUUUAUACCAGUAAUGGAACAUCACCUUCAUGUUUUUGUUGGUAUGUACU